AUGUGCAAACGGAGACCCCCCCCGACUCUUUGUCAUACCCAUUCCUAUGAGAGUGCAGUUGGGAGUUCAACAGCAGUUGGGAGUUCAACAUUUGGAAGUUCCGCAGUUGGUUUGACUUUGUGCCAGACCCAUUCUUAUGACAGUGCAGUUGGGAGUUCAACAGUUGGAAGUUCCGCUGCCGCCAGCGUGCAGGACGCCCGUGUACAAACUCAGCUCUCUUUAAUGGACGCCUGUGUGCAAACAGAGAAUCUUGUUUCUGGUAUGCACAACGGUGCGGAAGUGGACGCUGUCACGGAUUCCCCAAACGUUUCUUCAAUGGAUGCUGGCGUGCAAACUCAGUUCACUGGCAAGGACGCCUGUGUGCAAACUCAGUUCACUUCAAUGGAUGCUGGCGUGCAUACUCAGUUCACUUUGAAGGACGCCUGUGUGCAAACUCAGUUCACUUUCCAGGACUCCGUCAAAACAUGGAUUGACAGGAGCACUGCCCAGAAGGGGUUCACCGGCCAGAUUGCGCUGCAGUAUUUAAUCCAGGGGCUUGAGUUAUUCGUAGACUUCAUGACAGAGCCAAUGACCUUCCCAAAACAUCAUGUAUCAUUUUGGUUCCAUACUUUGUUCAACCUCACGGAUCAUGUUCAGUCGUUUCUGGGAGAACUUUUGGAUUGUCUCAAAUCUCACCGUUUCGUGACGGGGAGAAUGGACCGUGCCGAGGAGGCCAGGUUUAAAGCUCCAGGGUACAUUGUCGAUUGUUUCAGUUUUGUUCCAGACGGACUUUUCGAGAGUGCCAGUCGCGCAGACCCGCGGAGACUCGCAGCAGACACCCGGAGACUACAGCAAAUGUGGGAGCCCCAAGAGCUCAGAAUUACGUCGCCACGUGGACGAAUCGCCUCUCCGUCGGGGUUGUCGUCUGUCCGUGUCGCUUCGGAUGUGAUAGCCAAGACUGGACAUCAAAAGUUGGUUCCCGAGUCUUCCCAAAGCAUUCGAGUUUCUCCCGAUGGCGGUGGGAGCUCUAGAGGUAGCCGCAAAGGCAGAGGCAAAGGCAAACGAUAG